ACCACUAACUAAGUAGCACCCGCAUCGCUGGCACCAGGCUGGGUCGGACCGACAGUUCCGAUCAUCAGAUCCAUCGCCCGCGUGCGUGCGUGCGUGGUGGUGCUGUGCUAUGCUCCAUGUCUCGACUCCAGUAUCCUGGGUCGUGGUGUGGAUAUUACGUUUGUAGGGCCGUCUAAAUCAUGGAGCCCCAUGUGAUGGCCGCCCUCAACCUCAGCGCAAACCCCCUUCAUCAACAGCAACAACAUUUUCAACACCCUCAGCGCGACGCUCAUGAUAUCCACGACUACAGCAGCGAUUCGAUUCCGCUUGCUCGAUACCCCGGCACACUGCCUCGCCAUGAUCUCGACUUGGACAUGCCACAGGGUGCCGAGCACGCCUCGUCAAGGCUGCCUACCCCUGAAGCAAAGCACAAGAGAGCGCCCCGAGCUUGUGAAGCUUGUCGUGCAUCAAGAAUGAAGUGUGGUCCUCCGGGGCAGAUACCAUGUGCAUCUUGCAUGCACAAUGACAGAGAAUGCAUCUUUCUCGCAAAGGGACAGCAUAGCAACGCCAGGAACGAGCGCCAUCCUCGACCUCGUGACCGCGCAACCAAGCCUGGCAACAAGCGCAAUACCGCCCAGCGACGCCGGUCCAACUGGGAGUACGACCAAGCUGUAAACACUUGGCUCAGCGCAGACGACAUCUGGCAGUUGCUGCCGCCCGUGGAGGACAUGGUUGAUGCCAUCCACAAAUUCACAACUCAUUAUUUCCAGCUCGGAUUCACCCACAAGGACCAGUAUCCGCGAAGCAUCGGCAAGCAGCGAGGCCCAGAGCAUCUUUUUCUCCUACUCAGCAUCCUCAGCGUUUCGGCGCGGCUGAGUCCGGCACUGACCAGGCGCUAUGGGACCGGAGACGGUGCCGUGGAGUUCUUCAAAGAGAAGGCGGCCAAGAUGGCGGAUGCGAGGUACAAGCACAAUAGCUUGGAGGAUUGCCAGGCUUUCUACCUCCUGAGCAUCGCCCAGCAUGGCGAUGGCGAACAAAACGACAGCCAUCGCAAUUUGGGCCUCGCCAUUCACAAGGCCACAGGCUUACGUCUUCAUCGAGAAGAGCAUCUGAGUUUACCUCCCGACGCCGCGCCAAGUGAUGUUAUGCGCAAGGAAUCAGCUCGACGGACCUUUUGGAUGCUGCACAGCCAAGACAGCCUUCAUUCCGGCCAAGAUUCGCCCAAAUCAUUCUGCGAGAUCGACAUUACGGCACUGCUGCCUGGCGACGAGGCGUCCUUCUUGGCGGGAAAGAUUCCCGAAACUCGCGCCGCGCUUCAGGAUACAGUCCCGGGCUGUAACAAGUCGCUCGUGAACAAUCCCAAUCGAUCGCUCUUCGCAACGCAGAUCCAAGUCUACCAUUGGUGGGGCAAGGUCAGGCGAAGGGCGACAACAUACUCCCUGGCAUCGGCGUCAGAGGGCGAGACUGCCAAGAUGAUAAGCCAGCUGGCGGACUGGGAACUACGUCUCCCACCUCAGCACAAAUGGGACGCGCAGAUCUACCGUCAGAUGAAGGCAGAGAGGUUGGAUCUUGCAUAUAUUGGCGUGACCAUGAUGGUCCGCGUCUGCAAUAUCGUUAUUCGAAGAUCGUUUCUUCAAAGCGUGGUCCACCAUUAUACUCCGCAGUCGCAGGCUGUCCAGGUCUACUGUCAAACGCGUGUGGACGAGCUCUUUGACAAUGUGUUUGACCUCUACGGUCAGGUCGAGGCCCUGUUUACUGGCCGUCGAGCCGACGAGAAGGUUGGCCACCACAUGGCCGGCUUUUGCGUGUAUCUAUGUGGCCUGCACAUAGCCUACAUAUGCAAGUACCAUCAGCUCUACUCGGACCGCGCAGCCGUCGGACGCGCACCCUUGAUGCUGGCGUACACUCGGUCCAUCUUGCAGGAGUGCGAGCCCAUCUGGCCGUUUGCAAAACAGUGGGCAGCCUCCCUCGACGCCGCUGCUCAAGACCCGUCAGCCGCAGAAGGUCAUCCCAUAGCCAAGGAGAUUAAACCCGAGCCGUGCGUCCCGGGCAGCGAGGCCGCCAUGUCGACCACCGAGAGCACAGCCCCCCUGGUAUCUCAACCCUCCCAACUCCAGGCAUCGCAAGAAGACGUCGCCUCGUCCUUCUCCGGCUCUACAGCAGGCUACUCGCCAUUCUUCAACGCGGGACCGCUGGUCACCUAUCCUCCAGGUACCUUUCCGCUGCAGCACGACCCGGGUGUUCUGCAGCCGUACUUCGCACCCCAGUCGCCACAGGAGCAGCAGCAGCAGCAGCAGCAGCAGCAGCACAAUGGCCUCAACAUGCUCGCACAGGCUUCACAAUCACCAACACAAGGCCACCCUGUCCGUCCGCAGCAGCAGCAGCAGCAGCCGCCGCCGCGGUCACCGUUCGUAAUGGCACCACAAACACACUUUCACGAUUACGUGCCUCCCUACGACAUGGCCACGGCGUCCGCCGUAGCUGCUGCCACGGGUGAAGUGCCGUAUUUCCCGGAGCAUCAACAUCAACAACAGCAUGCCCACACGGCAUAUCAUCAGCUGGAGCCCGUUUCAGAUGGCUUUGACCAGCAGCUGGCGUCCUAUAUCAAGGGCAUGUCCACCGACUGGACUGACGCACAGCACCCGCUCUCUGUAUGGGUCAAUUCUCAACAAUAGUACGACUACUCCCAUUCAUCUUAUCAGGCUGCUGCUCGGGAAAAAAGGAGAAAAAUCUUGCCACAUAGCGAGGCGUAGCGUAUUGAAUGGUUUCUUGAACA